AUGGAAAUUGGAAACCACACAAGUGCCCCUGAGUUCAUCCUUCUAGGGUUCUUCAGUCAGUCAGAGAAGCAGGAGCUGAUCUUCGGGCUCUUUCUUGUCAUGUACCUGGUCGGCACAGCAGGGAACUUGCGCAUCAUCUUUGCCAUUGGCUCGGACUCCCAUCUCCACACGCCCAUGUACUUCUUCCUCAGCAACCUCUCCCUGGUGGAUUUCUGCUUCAUCUCCGCCACAGUCCCCAAGAUGCUUGUGAAUAUCCAGAUGCAGACCCAGUCCAUCUCCUAUGGUGGCUGCCUCACCCAGAUCUACUUCUGCGUUUUGCUUGCCAACCUGGACAACUUCCUCCUGACAGCAAUGGCUUAUGACUGUUAUGUGGCCAUCUGCCACCCCCUGCCCUACUCCACCAUGAUGAGCCUACAAAUCUGUGCCCUGACGCUGGGCAGCUCCUGGCUCAUCGCCAACUUCCACUCCCUGCUGCACACUCUCCUUGUGGCCCGGCUGGAGUUCUGUGCCAGCAACGUCAUCCCUUACUUCUUUUGUGACCUCGUCCCUCUGCUCCAGCUGUCCUGUUCCAGCACCCAGCUCAACCAGCUCACAAUUCUGCUGGUGGGGGGCUUGAUCGUCCUCAUUCCCUUCCUUGGCAUUCUCGUCUCCUACAUCUACAUUGUGUCCACUGUGCUCAAGGUCCCAUCUGCCCGGGACAAGCAAAAGGCCUUUUCCACCUGCAGCUCCCACCUCACUGUAGUCAUUCUCUUCUACGGGACCAUCACAGGGGUCUACCUGAGCCCCUCAUCCUCCCACUCCGUUGAGAAGGGCUCACUGGCUUCGGUGAUGCACAUGGUAGUGACCCCCAUGCUGAAUCCGUUCAUCUACUGCCUGCGGAACAAGGACAUGAGGGAGCUCUAAGGAAACUGUUCAGCAUGAAGGUUUUAUCUUGUGGGUUGUGAGGCAGCACGGUUGCCCCUCAGGGCCUUUGUGCUGAGAGAGGAUGAACCUCAGAGAUAGGCUCCACACACAGAGGGUGAGAAG